GACUGACGUCACAAUAACCACUAUACCACACAGGAAGUGAUAGUAAUACUCGGUGAAGUUGUCACUGAAAUCUAACAGAAAAUGGCAACUUUUAAGACCCACUGUGCAUUCUCACCAAAUCGGAGAAAUGUUUUCCUUAUGCUGGCUUUCAUUUUAAUAUCCAUUCCGCGGUUUAAUGCCAUAUUAGAGCGGGGGCAAUGGAGACUCGAUGUGGACAGCGAAUUGGUAAAGAAACAAAACUACUUCUAUUUCUCAAAGACAAUGUUUAAUAACACCCUGAUUGCAAUCAAAUGGCUUGGAGAAGAAUGCAGUCCUCCUGUAAACCUGUCUAUAUCCUGGUAUCUACGUAGCUGCCGGUGCUUUGAAGAAGCAUUUGAUCUGAAUCCUCAAAGAGCACAAGCGUACUUCAACAGUUCUGUAGUGUCUAAGAGUGGCGAUAGUGGUUACUAUAUUAUUCACAGCUAUCAGAUUAAUUGCCACCAGCACGUGACGAAAAAUGAGUUGGCACUGUCGGAGUUCAUUUUGCCUAUAGAGCUGAAAACUGAAGGGGUCUCAGAAACCAAAAGCAAGAGUCAACCAACUGUCAGAGAUUCAAAACAUGCACGUGACGCAGUGGCAGAGACAUGGGAGGACAGUCCUUACAUGUUCAUUAUCCACAUAAGAAAUCCAGGCACAGAGACAAAAUGGAGCAUUACGUUGGAAAUCAACAUGUAUGGGCCUCAUCAGUAUAUCUCAGCCUCAGAGUGGCCUCUGAUGAUUUUCUACAUGGUGAUGUGCAUCAUUUAUGUGUUGUUGGGGGUGCUGUGGCUUGUUCUCUCUGCCUGCUACUGGAGAGACCUGUUGCGUAUCCAGUUCUGGAUCGGAGGCGUCAUUUUCCUAGGCAUGCUAGAGAAGGCUGUCUACUAUGCAGAGUUUCAGAGAGUCUGCUAUGAUGGCUUCUCGGUCCAGGGUGCGGUGGUGUUUGCUGAGGUAUUUUCUGCUGUGAAGAGAACUCUGGCUCGAGUGCUUGUCAUAAUUGCCAGCCUGGGUUAUGGUAUUGUCAAACCAAGGCUUGGAGCAUUGCUGCACAGGGUGGUAGGAGUAGGACUGCUCUAUCUCGGCUUCUCCGUUGUUGAGGGGAUUCUCAGAGUCAACUCGGCUGAAGAUGACCUAGUGUUGCUGGCUGCCAUUCCACUGGCUGUGCUCGACUCUACCCUCUGCUGGUGGAUAUUCAUAAGCUUGGGACAGACCAUGAAGCUUUUGCGGCUUAGGAGAAAUGUGGUUAAGCUCUCCCUUUACCGCCACUUCACCAACACUCUCAUCUUUGCAGUCAUAGCUUCAGUCAUUUUUAUCAUUUGGACAACAAAGACCUUCAAGUUAUCAAACUGCCAGUCUGACUGGAGGGAGAUGUGGAUAGAUGAUGCAUUCUGGCGUUUUCUCUUCUCUACUAUCUUGCUUGUGAUCAUGUUCCUGUGGAGGCCAUCUGCCAACAAUCAGAGGUAUGCUUUUAGCCCACUGGUGGAUGAGGUUAGUGAUGAGGAGGAAGCAGAGCAACUGGUGAAUGAAGCCUUUGAGGGUGUAAAAAUGAGGGGUUUUAAAUCGGAGACCAAUGGAAGUGCGAAGCCUAGUAAAGUGGAUGAAGAUCUGAAAUGGGUUGAGGAAAACAUCCCCUCUUCAAUGGCUGAUGUUGCACUGCCCCCUCUGUUGGACUCGGACGAGGAAAUCAUGACUACAAAAUUUGAGAUGUCAAAAAUGGAAUAGAAUUAUGGCACGUGUAUGUUGUAAAUAUUGAGUGUCUGUGACCUAUACACGCUUAUUUUAUCUUGAAAUAUAAGUGAUGUAUGUAAAUAUGUAGGAUGUGAAUAAUGAAAGUACUAGACUGAUGGACAGUUAUUGUUUUGCUUGUAUUGCCUGUUUGUAUUUAUAUUUUCAUUGGAAAGGUGUUUUGCUUCUUCAACCCAAACUCUAAUCAUAUUUGACAUUUGUUUACAUAUCUGAAAUACAAAAUGUGAUUAAAAGCCACUACUUUAUACUU